GAUAGUGCUGUUAAAAUGGACUAUAAUAGAAAGAAUGUUCAACGUUUGUAUUGGCUUUCGAAGUGGAGCCAAGCCGCCAUGUUCAACUUCAUGAAAAAGACCGCGGUGUUGACUGGCGGCGACGUCGGGGCGGGAGAGGAGAGGGACGGGGAGAAAGAGAGGCGGAAACGAGAGAAAAAGGAGAGGAAAGAGAGGGAGAAGCGGGAGAGGAUAGCGGCCGGCCUUGAGGAGCCGCUGAGGCUUGAGGAGGUUCGGCGAUCGCUGAAAUUGCGGGGCAGACGCAAGGAAAAGGAGAAACUGCCGUCGGGCAUAACAGCUGACUACACCGCCUCGCUGUUCGCCCACCUGGAACAAGAUUCGAAUUAUUCCAAUUAUCCGCUGAUACCUACCUCGGGGUCUAACUCCAAUCUGAGCGACGAAAAUAACCACCUGUCGCCCGGGUACCCCACAACUCAUACCUGGAGCAAGAAGGAAGGAGUCCUACAAUCCGACAGUUCUGAGACAUCACUAAAUUCAUUAAAUAAUCCGAAUAAUGCCAAUACCAGCCCUAGACAACCGCCAAAUCUACCUCCUAUACCACCGCGUCCUCCAAAGCGUGGGAUCCUAAAGGGUCCACGUCUCAGCAACACUAGUUCAAAUUCCGUAGAAAACAAUGUCCAAAGCACCGAUGCUGUUGAUAACGUUAACGGCCAGGACACAAAUCUCUUGGCUAGAAAUACUCAGCAGAAUGAGAUGAUAACGUGUGGUAUUCCGGCUUCGAAGAGCACCUCGUCCAGCGAUGAUAUGCAGCACGUGCAGAACUUUACCAAAAAAGUGAUCCAUAGCCCUGUGGAGACACAGUACAAAAACUAUAAGAAUAAUUCAAAUAACCCUUCGAUAACGACCCAGGAUGUUGAUGAGGUACCAAAGACGAAUGGGAACAGUUAUAUUGGAGUUACGUCGACGUCUCCUAGCGCUGAUUCUCUCACUGACACUACAACGAACUCCUCAUUCGCUACUCCGCCGUUCUCUACCUCACCAGUUGGCGAGUCGCAAGGUUUCCACAGAUGGUCAAAGACUAGCAACUUCGAUGAUGUUUAUCUACCACUGCCUUCGUUAACUCCUGUUCGAUUGCCGAAGGCACGAUACCUGACAAUUCAAAGGCAGAAGGCGCCCAGAAAUGAUUUCGGCUUCAGUCUUCGCAGAGCUAUGGUUCAGGAGAGGGUCUUCAUUGGAGACAUAAAUGGACAUGACAGUAAUAUGCUCCUGAAUGGUGACAAUAAGUGCAAUAGCAUGGGGAUGGUCAGCAAGUUGACGUUCAAAGCUGUAAUUCUGGCAGAACCUGGAUCUUACCCGGGGGCUAGUGAGACUGGACUGUUACCUGGUGAUAGACUUUUGGAAGUGAAUGGUGUUAACGUUGAAGAGAAAAGCAGGGAAGAGGUCAUUGACCUUAUCAAGAGCAGUCAGGAUUCUGUCACUAUAAAGGUGCAACCCAUAGCAGAGCUGUGUGAGCUGUCCAGAAGGAAAGCAGUCGACGGCGGUGGUGAUGUCGAGCUGUCUGACAGCAACGUGAGGGGGGGCACUCUCAGCAGGUCUGGCAGUCGGCGGUUCACUAAUUCUCAGGCUAAAUCAGAAGAGCAGUUAGCAUGCGAGAAGGAAUGGCUUCAAGCUGGUCACAUGUGGCUGGCUCAUCGCGGUGGCUUCACGGCCGUCGUGCGAGAUGGAGAGGCUGAUGCUGGCAGAGCCAAAGUGAGGGUCCUGCAGACUGGAGAGAUUGUUACUGUCGAUGAAGAUGAUUUGGAGAAGGCGAACCCUCCCCAACUAGAACGCUGUGAGGACAUAGCCUCCCUCCGUUGUCUGAACGAAUGCGGCGCUCUCAACGUGCUCCGUUCGCGAUACGCUGCCGGUCUGCCGCACGCCCGCGCCGGUAAUGCCCUCCUGGUACUCGGCCCACCGAAGCGUAGUGCGCCUAUUUACACAGAUAAGGUAGCAGCAAUGUUCCGAGGCUGCCGCGCUGACGACAUGCCCCCCCACGUGUUCGCCGCAGCUCAGUCUACUCACCGCUGUAUGCUAGCGUCCCGACGAGACCGAGCUAUCGUCUUCCUUGGCAGGUCCGGAUCGGGCAAGACCUCAGCUAUGCGUCAUUGCGUAUGGUACCUAGCCAGCGCUUACCCAGCACAGGGAUCGAAGCUGACUCCUGAACGAUUGGACGCUGCUUUUGACGUGCUGCACCUAUUUGGAUCUACACGCACGAGCUCCAACAAGCACGCGUCGCGCUUCGUGUCGCUCACGUCGCUGGACUUCGACGGCGGCGGCGCGCUGGCGGCGGCCUCCGUGCAGAUCCUGCUGCCGGAUCUGCGGCCCGGACAGGCGCCGUUACGGGCUCUGCACACGCUCUACCACGGCUGCGACGGUCGUCUCCGUCGAGAACUACUCUUCGACCAGUCCCCCAUCAACACGCCGAACCCCUUCAUGAGUUCCACGGAGAAGGCUGAUGCUCCUACCGAGUUCUCCGCGCUGAAAGAAGCAUUACAACUCCUGGCUGUGACGGAAAAUGAACAAAUGGCUAUAUGGAAGAUUAUGGCCGCUAUCUGUCAUUUGGGAUGGGCUGGAGCUGUUAAAGCGAACACAGGGUCCGGUAUAAAGUACCAGUUCGCGAGCGCGGGCUGCGGGCAGCGCGCGGCGCGGCUACUGGGCGUGCCCACUGAGGAACUCGCACGAGCCGUGUUUGUGACCGUGCCUACGUCGCCGCAACCGAAUGCUAAUUUGAGAACGCCAUCUCCAUCGAACGAGCGUGAGAUGUCGGGCACUGAAGCAGUGGACGCCUUCGUCACCGGCCUCUACAACGAGACGUUCAAUAUAAUCGCUGCUUUAGUUAACAGGAGUUUAUCAACCUCAGCCAGGACUUCAGCGUCGAUCCUGCUGCUGGACAGCCCCGGGGCCGACAACCCCAUGUGUGCCGGCCAGCAGAGCGGCGCCCCGCUCUCCAAGCUGCUGUCUAAUUACUUACAAGAGCGCCUGCAAGCGAUGUUCCACGAAGCACUGCUAGUGGCGCCGCGCGAGAGAUACGCACAAGAGGGGAUCACGCUAGACGACGGCAAUGAAGAAGACUGGCUAUCAGAGACAGUGAACCCUGGACCUAUGGUUGAGCUACUGGACAAGGCACCACAGAACACCAUCGUACGAAGUUCCCAAGCUGAUCUGAGAGAGUGUGACAGACGGGGAUUGUUAUGGCUUCUAGAUGAAGAGUCGAUGUACCCCGGCUCAUCAGACGACACGUUCUUGGAGCGCGUGAUGUCUCAGUACGCGGCGCCGCAGCACACACACUACCUCAUUAAGAAGGCUCCUCAUGCCAGGCAGUUUGUGCUGCAGCAUUUACAGGGCACAAACCCAGUUUUAUACGACGUGACUGGAUGGGUGAAGGCGAGCCGUGAGAACCCAGUUACCAAGAAAUCCUUGACAUUGCUGCAAGAGAGCCAAAACGAGGAGAUCGGUCGCCUGUCCUCCUGGGCUCGCGGCGCGUGCGGUGUGAGCGCGUGGUCGGCCGCCGUGGGCGACGCCUCCACGCUGCGACGCGCCUCCUCCAUACGUCGGACACUAACUUCAGGCACAGCAGGCAUGAAGCGUCGUUCAACAGCAUUACAAGCGAAGUUCGUGGCAGACGGCAUAGUGGACACGCUGCGGCGCUGCGGGGCCGCCGGCGUGCACUUCGUGUGCUGUCUGCUCACUAACCAGCCCACUGAUGUGGGGGACGAUGUUAACGUGCCGCUACUAAGGUCUCAGUUCCGAGGCUUCCAACUGUUAGAUGCGGCGAGAUUGUACAAACAGGGCUUCCCAGAACACAUGCCACUUUCUGAAUUCGCGCGCAGGUACCGACUGUUAGCGACAUCAGAGAGUUCAGACUCUGACACAGUGCAGCAACCAGCGCUGUCAGACCGACAGGUGGUCGACGAUAUGCUGUUGACCCUGGAUCUGGACGUCACCAGCUAUAGGCUUGGACUUACUCAGAUUAUGUUCCGGGGCGGCGUGGUGGGCGAACUCGACGCGCGUCGCGACGCUGCGCUCGCGCGAGUCCUCGUCCGCCUACAAGCGCGCGCCCGCGGCCUCCUCGCGCGACGUCGUGCUCAACGCCUGCGCACGCAGCAUACAGCCGCGCGAUGCGUACAACGGAACGUGCGAGCGUUCCUCGCUGUGAGGGACUGGCCGUGGUGGCGGUUGUUGGUGCGAGUCACGCCGCUGUUGGCUGUUCAUCGGACUGAACAUCGGCUGAAACAGGCUCAGGAUGAGCUGGAGAGCCUUAAGGCUAAACUGGAAAAGGUGGAAAGUGAGCGGACACAUUACAAGAAUGAGUCGGAACGCCUCGAAUCUAAGCUAUCCGAAGUUGGUGGCGAGCUCGCAGAGGAAAGGGCGGCGGCUGGCCUGGCCACCGAGCGAGCUGAUGCUGAAGCGGCCGAACGACUCCGCGUUGAGAGGGACAAUAGGGACCUCUUGGCUAACAACCAACGACUGCAGCAGGCCUCCGAACGCCUAGAACUCGAACUCCUCCACUGGCGCUCCGCCGACAGCGGGGGCGCCGAACCAUCAGACUCCGAAGGUUCAGAAGCCGACGCAUCAGCCUCAGGAGACAAAUACAAGCGAAGGUUCGAGAGAGCUCACCGUGAGCUGCAACUCCUGAGAGCUCAGCUGCGCAGACAGCAUGAGGAUGACCUCGAACAGCUGGUCACUGUUAAGAAGCAGCUGGAGAAGAAGGUGCAAGAUGCUUACGAAGAAGUGGAGGAGCAGCGCGCAGUGGCGGCGCAGUGGAAGCGCAAGCUGCAGAAGCUCACCAACGAUAUGGCUGACCUUCGAUCUCUGCUGGAUGAACAGACAUGCCGCAACAAUCUCCUAGAGAAACGCCAACGUAAAUUCGACGGCGAGCUGCAAGCAGCCCAGGAGGAGUUGAAGCGAGAGCGCAGCGCCAAGGAACGACUGUCGCGCGAGAGGGACCAGGCUCACGCCGAGAAGUAUGCCGUCGAACAGAGCCUCUCUGAAGCUCGUCUGGAACUGGAGCUGAAAGAAGAGCGCCUGGCUGCGGCGACGCGGGAGCUUGAGGAGCGCGGCGGCGGAGGGGACGAGCUGUCCGCGCUCAGGAGGAACAAGACGGAGCUCGAGAGGAGGGUCCGCGACCAGGAGGAGGAGCUCGACGAGCUGGCCGGACAGAUACAGCUAUUGGAAAGCUCGAAGCUCCGACUCGAGAUGCUGCUAGAACAACAACGCAAGGAGGCGCGACUAGAAGCCGCUGCCAGGGAUGACGAGAUGGAGGAAACCAGGGCUAAUGCUGCCAAGAAGCUUAAGAUGCUAGAAAGCCAGCUAGAGAGCGAGCAUUCGGAGCGAAGCCUGCUGCUGCGCGAGCGACACGAGCUGGAGCGACGCCUCGCCGCGCUCGAGGAGACCGCCAGGGCCGAGAACCAUGAACAGGCUCAGCUGCUGCAGAGGCUCAAGAGGGACCUGAAGAGAUACCGUGCUUUACUCCGUGACGCGCAAACCAUGCUUGAACAGAAAGAAAAGGAAGGAGGAGCUAAGGCACAGAUCAGACAGCUGAAGAACCAGGUUGAAGACCUAGAGCUAGCCGUCCGCGCAGCAACCAAAGCCCGUCAAGCGGCCGAAGCGGAAGCGGCGGAAGCGAACGCCGCUCUAGAGGAAGCGAGCAGAGCGAGAGUCGACGCGGCCGAGCGAGCGAUGACCGCCGCACGAGAUGCUGCUGCUGCCAGGGCACAGCUAGAUGAUGCAGAAGAGGAGGCUGCUGAGCUCCUCAAAAAAUAUCGAUCCAGCACAUCAGCGCUCUGCGCAGCUCAAAGCGAAACGCGCGAGGCCUGCGCCCGCGCCGACGCCGCCGCUGAAGAAGCUAGGGCAGCUCGGGACAAGCUGGCGGAGCUUACUGCCAAGCUGGCGCAUGCUGAGGCAGGACACUCGCAUGGACAUAUGGAGGCUGAGAGACGACUGGAGCUUAGAAAUAAGGAACUAGAAUCCAGCUUAGAACUGGAAGCGACGGCGCGGUCCCGACUUGAAGGGCAGCUGUCCCGGCUCCGCGAGGCUCAUGAGCAACUCGCACAGGAGUUAGCCACCGCACGGGCCAAAGAACAGCUGGCUGCUGACGAGCUCAGGAAGAUUACUAGGCAGCUACGCGAACUCAAAGAAGAGAACAGCGCUCUAAACGCUAAGCUCAGCGAGGCUGGUCGAGCUAAGGCAGCCGCCGAAGCAGCCGCAUCGGCCGCCGCAGCUGAUGCAGCAGCCGCGAGGGAUGAAGCCAGGCUGGCUGCUAGGAGGGCUACGGCCUUGCAGGAAGCUAUAGCCGGGGAUCUGUCCAGUCCGGGAGAUUCUAGGGAUACUGACAGCGACAACGACAGCUACAGCUCGGACGAGUCGAUCGGCACGUUCCUGGCGAACCACAAGCUCAGCCCCUCCGCGCCCUCGCGGAACAGCGUGCAACUAGACACACAGAAAUCUCAGUCAUCCGGUGGUCGCGAGAGCAGAUCAAGCGUGGGCUCCAGCAAGCAGAUGAGCCCCACAAAGGAGUCGUUCGCAUAACAGCAGCCCUCCGGCGCCGGCCUCCUCACCCGCGCGCUGCCCGCGCUCUGCGCCGUCUUCUGCAGCCGCCACCCGCCCGCGCCCAUCGCCCUCACCGACUGAACAAGACGCGCCAAACGUCAAAAAUGACACCUGUCAAAAGUGUCAUAUGUCAAAUGUGACAGCUGUCAAAAUAUGGCGCGAAGUGCGAGAUAAAUGACUCCUCAGUGCAAAUGAUGUUGUUGUGUGUUCGUACAUCCACCCCCACAUACCAGCGAUGAUUAAUAUUAUAACAUAGGCCACACAGUAGCAAUAGACGCUUGGAAUUCAAUGUAACGAUGGCUCCUAAAUUAGACUGCUCGUAAACAUAUUACCUACAGUUUUGAUCGACAUUUUACAUUAAACGAUUUUACAUUCGAAUGAUUCAUGUAUUCAUAGAGAAGCUUUUGAUAUGAAAUUAUUAACGCGGUUUGAUAAAGAUUUUUAGGUAAUUCAGUGUAUUUAGGAAUACUUGGCGCCGGUGUCCUGGACAGUGUUGCCAGUUAUUAAAAAUGAAUGCAUUCCAGAUUAAAAAAAUAUCUUUGAACAAGAGCUUCUGAUUACUGCACCGGCGUCAUAUUAUCUAGGCUUGGACUUUAAUUUAUUUAGCGUAGAAUUUUGUAGGAAAAAUAAUUAUUAUCGGUUAGAGAUCGGUCAGCGACCGGCCAGCCAGUCAGUAUUUAGACGGCCUAGUGGCGUGUAACUUACAAAAUAAUAUUAGGUUCUUUGUUAUUUAGUUAGCUAACUUUUGUAAAUAACUAGAUGGCAUAUACAUUUUUAUUAUUUAAUUUGUAAUAUUCGUGUGAUCAGACUGUUAAACUAUGAUUUAUUUGUUACAAAUGAUUUGUUGGCUUUAUAGUAGACUUGAAACAUAUCUUGAUAGGUACAUAGAACAUGUUUUUUUUUUAACUUUCUUCACGACUGGUUUGUUUUAUAGUAAUUUUAAUAUACACUAGCUGAUUAUUGAUUAUGAAAAUGUACUCCUCAUUAUAAUGUAUCUCGUAUUGUGUACUCCAUUACUCAUUCUAUAUAUACGUAUUAUGUCUAUGUGUCUGUAACCACAUUAUGAAAUUGUCUAUGAUAUGUGUAUGUACUAUAAUGUGAUGAAAUGUUACUGCAUUCAAUACUGGUUGUAAAAUGAAAUUAUUUAAUAAAGUAACUGAAAAUAUAAA